AUGCAGCAAUCUGGUAGCGCAGUGCAGGACGGAGAUAUGCAAACGGAGGGCAGAGUCAGCUGGGCGUAUCCAGAAGGAGGCUGGGAAGCCUGGACCUGUCUACUGGGCUCAUUUCUGAUGAUGUUUCCGUCGUUUGGCUUUCAAACCGCAGUCGGAUCGGUCCAGGACUACAUCAGCACCAACCAGCUGGCAAAGUACAGCGUCCGCGAUGUGGGCUGGAUCACCGCCAUUCUCGUCUACCUGACUCUAUUCCUUGGAGUCCAGGUCGGACCACUGUUUGAUCGAUACGGGCCGCGGAUUCUGUUGGUGGGUGGCUCCCUCGCUAACAUUGCGUCCUAUCUUCUGCUGGCACAAUGUAGAGCAUACUGGCACUUCGUGCUCUGCCUCAGCGUAUUAGGAGGAAUCUCGUCUGCGGUCAUUACCACCGUCUCCAUUGCCGUGCUGAGCCACUGGUUUAAUCGUCGCCGGGCGCUCGCCUCGGGAAUCUGCAUGGGCGGUUCCUCCGCCGGAGGGGCCAUCAUCCCUCUGCUGCUGCGGAAACUCUUCCCGCAACUGGGAUGGACAUGGGCUAUCCGCACGAUUGCGUUCAUGGCUGUUGUCUGCUACACGGUUGGCAUCACCAUGGUCAAAGGACGACUUCCCACCGGUCAUCGGAGCCGCGCAACCGUUGAUCUGGGGGCUUUCAGAUCCCCCCGGCUAUGCUUCCUCGCUGUGGCGGUCUUUUCGUUUGAGUUUAUCAUCUUUGGCUGCGCAGCGCUGUUACCCACCUAUGUCCGUUAUGCUGGUUUUCCUCUGGACGUCCAAUUCUACUCCCUCACCCUGCUCAACAGCAUGAGCUUCUUGGGGAGAGUGCUUCCCGGUUUAGCAGCGGAUCAACUCGGCCGGUUCAACAUUCUCCUGGCGCUGGUUGUCAUGACGCUUUUGGUUAUGAGUACCGCGUGGCUCCCGUUUGGCUCUCGUGAUCAAGCUACGUUGUACGCUGUCGUGGCUGUUUUUGGCUUUGGGUCCGGGGGAUGGCUGUCCCUGGCGCCUGUAUGUGCGGGCCAACUGUGUCGGACAGAGGAGUAUGGACGAUUUUACGGGACCAUCUACAGCGUUGCUGCGUUUGGAGUAUUGCUGACCGUUCCUGUUGGAGGAGAGCUGCUGCAGUCGACUACUCCGCAGGUGCUGAUUGGUUUCUACUCGGCAGUUCUCAUGGUGGGACUGGGACCCAUGGCCCCCGCGUUCAGUUGCCGCCGCCUCCCCCACCUCCUGCGCUCUUUUGCUACCGGUGCUUGCAAGCACCAACAGUUCGUGCGGCGGGAGUGCUUCACUCCCUGCGAGGGCUACUCUCCUUCAGGGGGGAAGUGCUCCCGCUGCGCGAAGAUGCACCAGUCGCGCCUCUCUUUCCCGGCCACAGCUUUGCCGUUGGCUCGUCGCGUGGUCCUGCUCUCCUGCGCUGCCGACCGUUCCCCCGCCGCCACCAACGCUGCGUCUUUGGCGGCCGUCGUCGCCGCGGCCCGGGCUUUCAAGGCUCGGGUCCGCGCCGACGGCGGCCCAUUGCCUCGUGGCACUGAUGAUGAGGUUGAUACAAUGGCGGCAGCAAUUGCAAAGAGUGUGGACCGGGGCGACCGCGGUUUUGGUGACUUCUGGUGGAAGACCACACCAGGCAUUUGGAACAUGAUGCCAAUGACGCGUUUGGCCAAAGCAGAAGAGGGUACAACCAUCGACCAGUUCAUCACAAUUCACAACCGGAAACAAGCAAGCAAAAGUUUACCGCAGUCGUAUCUCAUCAGGGACAAGAAGAAAAAGGCCAGUGCAGUUCCAGAGACCAGGAUAUCCAGGCCCCGAGCGGCUAAGGCGGACAUUGGGUCGCGCUAUCGCGAAGAGAGCAAUGAAGCAAUUAUGAAUGUGCACCUAGUGCUCCUCAUCCAGGAACUAAUUAACCUGAGGAGGUCAUCAAGCCUCGAAUGCACAAUCACGCGCGUGCGAUUUGUGCCCAAGUUUGGGACUAACUCAUUCACUAGUAUUGUUAAUGGUGUGUGCACCUUGAACAAGCCCCAGACGACCCUUGGCGACAACCUUGAGGUCAAGCCAAUAGUCAGAUAUGCCAAGGUGGUUCCUGUGCAAAUGCAGGAAACAGCUGAGGCCAUUGGAUGGCUAAAGCAGCAGUCAGGGGCAGUUCCCCGGAAGGAUGAGAUUCUGCAGGAGCAUGGUAAAGGCAAGAGAAGACUUUCUCAUGUUGAGGAAGACGUGGCUCCUUCAGGAGGGGUCUCCACCUCAACGCUGCCAUUCAACGACGACAAGAAAUCCGACGCCAUAAAGGGCGGUAACCUUGACGCCGAAAUCGACGCCUUGCUAGACAACGAGACCAACAACGAUGAAAUCGAAGUCAUCGGUGAUGAUGACCUUAUUGCCAGUCCCGACGACAUCGAUGAAGAGGAUUUCGUCAUCUGA